AUGAGCGCACAGUCCGUGAAAGCAGUUCAACCCACCUCCGAGGGUGAGACCUCCAAAUCCCAAUCGGCCGUGGGCAGCCGCGCCAGCCCGGACGCAUCGCCAUCACAGCCCGAUCAAACAGGGACGGACCAACACCGCCCGAACGUCUAUGGGACAAUUGAACCUGAAGCACCGGAAGAUGUGGGAGACGCAGAUUCGGCGCUUGACCCUGGGGAUUGGGCAAGUUCGACAAUGUCGCUGCGGUCCAGUUUGAUGAUGCCACAUCGGGAGAACGGAAGGCUUUACCAUGGAUUCAAUGACGGCAACUAUGUCUUGCCAGCCGAUGAGGAAGAGAACGAGCGGCUAGACUUGCAGCACCAUAUCUUCUUACUCACUUUCGACGGACACUUAUACAAUUCGCCAGUGGACAAACACAAGACGAUGCACAAUGUGUUGGACGUUGGAGCGGGCACUGGUAUCUGGGCCGUUGAUUUUGCUGAUGCCCAUCCCGAGUCUACUGUGCUAGGGGUAGACUUAGGAGCGAAUCAACCGUGUUUAGUACCGCCGAAUCUAUCGUUUCUCAUCGACGAUAUAGAAGAACAAUGGAUGUUUUCCCAGAACUUCGACUUUAUACACAGUCGGAUGAUGACGGGGUCCAUUGCCAACUGGCCCAAGUUUUUCGAUCAAGCUUUUGCCAACCUGACAUCCGGUGGAUACAUGGAAUUAGUUGACAUAUCCCCCCCCGGACGCUCCGACGACAACUCUUUCCCCGAAGACUCGGCGUUGAAGAAAUGGAGCGAAGUCAUAAUGCUUUCGGCUAAGAACCUGGGCAGAUAUGCCAAUAGCGCUUCAUUUUAUAAACAGCAGAUGAUCGAUGCGGGGUUCGUCGAUGUGGUUGAAACGCAAUACCCGUGGCCAACGAAUCACUGGCCCAGAGACCAGAAACUGAAAGAAUUGGGUCGCUGGGUGCUUCAAAACAUCGGCUAUUCACUGUCUGGCAUAAGCAUGGCCCUCCUCACUCGGGGUCUUCAUUGGACAGCAGAAGAAGUCGAGGUGUUUCUGGUGGAUGUGCGGAACGAGUUUAAAGAUCCCAAAAUACACUGUUAUUUUCCUAUAUAUGUGGUAUGGGGUCGCAGGCCAGAGUCAUCUGCUUGA